AUGAGCGAGUUGGUGAAGUCGCUCGUCGUCAAGCCGGACAUCACGAAGCCGCGAUGGGAUCAGUCUACGUUCACCGGCCGCGCCCAGCACUUCUUCACCAUCACCAACCCGCUCAACCUCCUCGUCACCGAUUCUCAGCUCGAUCAGUACAAAGAAAUUGUUGAAAACUAUAGGAAAGGAAGAAUAGCUGAUUCAUUGACGGUGGACGAGCUAUGGCAAGCAAAGCACGUAUUCGACUCGGCCUACCACCCUUCCAACGGGGAAAAGAUGAACAUUGUCGGCAGAAUGAGCGCUCAGGUUCCAAUGAACAUGGCGAUCACUGGUGGUAUGCUGACCUUUUACAAGAGCCCAGUUGCUGUGAUUUUCUGGCAAUGGUUGAACCAGUCUUUCAACGCCGUUGUCAACUAUACAAACCGAUCUGGUGAUUCCGGAUCGACAACGCAGUUGCUUACUUCAUAUUGCGCAGCUACCGGUGGUGCGCUGACGGCCGCGCUUGGACUCGGGCAGUUGACGAAGGCGCUCCACCCGCUCGUUGGACGUCUUGUGCCUUUCGUUGCCGUUUGCGUGGCCAACUCAAUCAACAUUCCAAUGAUGCGACGAGGAGAACUUACCGACGGGAUCGCUAUCAUCGACGAGCACGGCAAUGAGCUCGGCAAGAGCAAGAAAGUUGCAAAGUCAGCGAUUGCCCAGGUGGUUAUCAGCAGAAUCGGCAUGGCCGCCCCCACAUUCGCUUUUAUUCCGAUUGUAAUGACCCAAUUGGAGAAGAAGCCGUGGCUGAAGACUCGCCCCUAUUUGGCCGGCCCGAUUCAAGUUGCCCUCGCCGGUGCCAUUUUGCUCGUCUCGACCCCUGUUGGCUGUGCAAUUUUCCCGCAAAUGACGCCGUUGAAGGUGGAAGACCUCGAGCCGGAGCUGCAGCAAAAGAUCCGUGCAAUGAAUAACCCCCCGGAAGUUGUCUACUGUAAUAAGGGACUG